AUGGAGAAUCGUAGCCGAAUUCAUCUCCAUCGUCGCCUCGGUCCAGUCGUUCGGAUUGGACCCCGUGAUGUGAGUGUGAAUUGCAUCGAUGACGGGGUUCGCACAAUAUACAGCAGCAAGUUCGACAAAGAUGCGUCCUUCUACCAUGAAUUGUUCGACCAGACCGGUUUUAUGGUCACUAUGACAGGUAACGACGAGCACAGAAAGCGUAAACGUAUGCUUUCCCACCCUUAUUCCAAUUCGUACAUUCUCAACUCUCAGACCCUCGACAGUGUCCUCUCUCGCGUAUCGCGUCGCCUUAGAGAAGUAAUAGCAGGGUGGGCAAGCACUGGUGCCUCUGUCGAUGUCUACCAGCAGGCUAAAUGCUGCACCCUUGACGUUGCCUCCGGCUGGCUCUUUGGUAGCGAGAACGCGACUGAUACUCUACGAGACCCGGGCUUUGAGAAUGACCUCACAACGUUGGCCUCAGCUGCUUCAAAAAUACUUUCCGUGCGAACCAGCCUCGACUGGCCGAUUACCUAUUUUGCAAGCUUGAUUGGCAACGGGCUGCCCGAUCCCGACGUCAGGGGUCGAUGGGAAGCGUGGCUCACACGAGUAAUCACAGAUUCCUACAGGAGGCACCCCACCAAGCCUUCUUCCACCGCGAGCCUGUACGACCAUUUUUACGAUUCUUUCAAAGCCGCCAAUCCCGACAUGCCGCGUAACGAAGUGGCUUCUUUCAUCGCUGUGGAGUGCGACGACCAUCUUUCGGCAAGCCACCUCGGCCUGGGAACUUUAUUGUCAUAUACCAUGUACGAGCUAUCACGAGAUCCGGACUGCCAGCGGGCGCUCCGGAAAGAGCUCCUCACUCUGGCCGAACCUAGCGAUCGAAGCUUGGCCCAUCGCCUUGCAAAUUUACCGGUGCUGGACGCCGUCGUUACCGAGACCAUGCGAACCCGUGCACCCUGUCCUGGGCCCUUUCCUCGUGUCGUGCCGGACUCUGGCUGCCGACUCGCGGGGAAGUUCGAUGUCCCCGGCGGCACCGUCGUCAGCUCCUCCGCCUGGGCCCUCCACUUUAAUCCCGUCCCCUUUCCGUCUCCGGAAGAAUGGCGACCGGGGAGGUGGCUUGAAGCAGACGAGAACACGGUCGCGGAGAUGCGGAAGUGGAUUUGGACAUUUGGAAGCGGCGCGCGGGUGUGCAUUGGCACUCAUUACUCCAUGCGUGUCAUGAAAGAGCUUCUUGCCACCGUCUAUACGGAUUACGAGACUUCCCUGGAUGAUGGAUUUACAGGAAAUGUGGAACAGGAGGAUGCCUUCUCGGCGGGGCCUCUUGCGGGUUGUCUGAAGCUGAAAUUUUGUCGGCUCACAUAG